GAUCGUCACCAACUGCAGUACACCGUCUACGAUUGGCCGAGAUAUUUUUGCGCGGUGCAUUUCAGCCAAUCAGAGCUUUGUUUUCGCGCUCGUAUGCAAAGCCUCAGAUAAAUGGCGAACGGAAGGGCAAACUGUAAACAAAUACAACUAAACUAGACAUUUUUAGACGGAUUGUGACUUUUAAGAGAAAAGUAACUUUAUAUUACGAGUGCUGUGUGUACAUACAACCGGAAAUAUUCGAUAUGCGACAGUCAGCGAGAAUUUAAACUAGCCUCAUUGAGCGUUAGGAAGCUACCUAGGCCUGCUGACAUUUGCGCAGACUUGGAAUUUGGUAUUGCUGUAAUGCGAACGCGGGCUCUGGAUAGAGACCCGCACAGUUAACUCAAUUAGCAUUUAAAAUUUGUUUUAAAAUCAUCUUAUACGUCUGACAAAGUUACAACUAGGCAUCAUGAGUACAAACUCGGACAGCGGUCAGCCGUCCGAGACUAACCAGAGGAAAAGAAGUGCAAGUCCAGGUGGAGAGUCUGACUCCACGCUUCCCAAGCAGGCGAAAGUGAGUGACGAGGAACCAAGGAAUGACUCUCGUGAAGAUGCAGAACCUGAGAAAGUUGGCAGUGACGAGCCAAAACACGGGUCUGAGCAUCUUGAAGACGCUAAAGAGAAGAACACGGUGGUUGUGAAUGAAGCAGACGCGCAGGAGAGCACAGGACAGACUAGUGGAGGUGAGAGCGAGCGCCAGGCGUCAGAUUCAGCUGCCAUCGCCGCAGCAGAAGCGCUUGCCAGUCUGACCGGUGGAGACGCGGACGAAGACCGUAAAGAAAUGCCCUGUUCGUCUAAAAAAGCGAGCCGAGAGAAAUCAAGGGAUAAGUCUAAUCGUCCCAGUUGCUCUCAGAGUGAGAGAACGACGGAGGCAGCCGCGGCUGACAGCUCCUCAUCCCUGCUGCUCUGCGAGGACAGAGAAGAUCCAGAGCAGGCUUCGUUCGUGGAUGAUGAUGAAGAGGACGAUGAUGACGACUCCCUUCCUGGCUCUUCCUCCACGGCUAGCUCGUCUGUCGCCUCUGAUAAUGAGGAUAACGAGGACGGAGAGUGUGCCAUAGUGUCGGUGAAGAUGGCCCCGGAGGUGCGGCAGUCCGUGGCGCUGCUCGCUCAGGUGCAGAUGCGGCUGGACGCGCUGGAGAAGAAAGGGGCGCGUCUGCAUCAACGCCUGGAGAUGAAAGUGAGCCGCCAGCGACGCCCUCACCUAGACCAGCGCAACGCCAUCACUCAAGCCAUCCCAGGAUUCUGGGUCACUGCUCUUCUGAAUCACCCACAUCUAUCAGCGCAAAUCGAUGAGACUGACGAAGAUGCUCUAAGCUACAUGACUAAUUUAGAGAUUGAGUCUUUCAAGAACAACAAACUCGGUUACCGCAUCUGCUUCCAUUUCCGGCGAAAUCCCUUUUUUCAAAACAAAAUGAUAGUGAAGGAGCUUCAUCUUGGUAUGGGAGGGUCACCGGUGUCAUUCUCAAACCCAAUUUUGUGGCAUAGGGGGCAGAAUCUGGUCGGUAGUGGAGAACCUCGUCGAACAUCACGGGGAGUUUACCAGAGCUUCUUCCACUGGUUCAGUGACCACAGCAACCCAGGAAGGGAUGACAUUGCACAGAUCCUGAAAGAUGACCUGUACAGAAACCCUUUGAGGUACUAUCUGACUCCACUCUGGGAGCCACGAGAGAAUGGCAGCAGCGGUCCCAAACCUCAGGGCAACAAUAAUGGAGACGAGUGUGUGAUCAUCUCCGAUUCCGAUGAAGAUGAGGAGAAGAGCCAAAACUUGGAGCAUGAGGAUGAAGAUGAUGACCAAGUCGGAGGCUCAGAAGAGAAUGACAGAGAUGAGGGCGAAUCCUCCUACGAGGAGAGAGAUGAAGAGGAAGUGGAUGUUGAGGAAGUAGAAGAGUCACGUGACUCCAGUGGCUGUGAGGUCAAAGAGCAAGGACAGGAAGAGGAAGAUAUUGAUGUAGAUGAAGAGAAGAGUUAGGAAACCAGGUUGUCUGGGUUGUCUUGGUUUCUUUUUAUGCAGAAUAGCAUCAUUAGAAUUUUCUAUGAUCUGCAGUUCCUGCAUAAAUUAAGAGUGUUUCAAAUAACAAGUGGUUAAUGAUGCUUAAUGAUCAGGGUUUAACUAUGUCUUCAUUGUAGAUGGUACUUUCUAUACAUUAAAGAUGAUGAAUAUUCAAAUUCAA